AUGAACUUCCAGGCGGGCGGCGGGCAGAGCCCACAGCAGCAGCAGAGCCUGGCGGCCUCGGGGGCGGGCGGCGGGGGCGGUGGGGGCGGAGGGCAGUUCGGCGGCGCUGGGCCUGGGGCUGGGGGCUCCGGCGGCCCCUCCCAGCAGCUGGCCGGAGGGCCCCCCCAGCAGUUCGCGCUGUCCAACUCGGCGGCCAUCCGGGCCGAGAUCCAGCGCUUUGAGUCGGUGCACCCCAACAUCUACGCCAUUUACGAUUUGAUCGAGCGCAUAGAGGAUUUGGGGCUGCAGAACCAGAUCCGAGAGCACGUCAUCUCCAUCGAGGAUUCAUUUGUCAAUAGCCAAGAAUGGACCCUGAGCCGAUCUGUCCCUGAGCUUAAAGUGGGCAUUGUUGGGAACCUGUCUAGCGGGAAGUCAGCUCUGGUGCAUCGAUAUUUGACAGGGACCUAUGUCCAGGAGGAGUCCCCAGAAGGGGGCCGAUUUAAGAAGGAGAUCGUGGUGGAUGGCCAGAGCUACCUACUGCUGAUACGAGAUGAGGGAGGACCUCCUGAGCUCCAGUUUGCUGCCUGGGUGGAUGCUGUGGUGUUUGUGUUCAGCCUGGAGGACGAGAUCAGCUUCCAGACGGUGUACAACUAUUUCCUUCGGCUCUGCAGCUACCGUAGUGCCAGCGAGGUGCCCAUGGUCCUGGUGGGCACUCAGGAUGCUAUCAGUGCCGCCAACCCCCGAGUGAUUGAUGACAGCCGGGCCCGAAAACUCUCCACAGACCUGAAGCGCUGCACCUACUAUGAGACAUGUGCGACUUACGGACUCAAUGUGGAGCGCGUCUUCCAGGACGUGGCACAGAAGGUGGUGGCCUUGCGGAAGAAGCAACAGCUAGCCAUUGGGCCCUGCAAGUCACUACCCAACUCACCCAGCCACUCGGCCGUGUCCGCCGCCUCCAUCCCAGCCGUGCACAUCAACCAGGCCACGAAUGGCGGCGGCAGCGCCUUCAGCGACUACUCAUCCUCCGUCCCCUCCACCCCCAGCAUCAGCCAGCGGGAGCUGCGUAUCGAGACCAUCGCUGCCUCCUCCACCCCCACACCCAUCCGCAAGCAGUCCAAGCGGCGAUCCAACAUCUUCACGUCUCGAAAGGGCGCCGACCUGGACCGGGACAAGAAAGCGCUGGAAUGCAAGGUGGACAGUAUCGGCAGCGGUCGAGCCAUCCCCAUUAAGCAGGGGAUUCUGCUGAAACGAAGCGGCAAGUCCUUGAACAAGGAGUGGAAGAAGAAGUAUGUGACUCUGUGUGACAACGGGCUGCUCACCUACCACCCCAGCUUACAUGAUUACAUGCAGAAUAUUCAUGGCAAGGAAAUCGACCUGCUGCGCACCACGGUCAAAGUCCCAGGGAAGCGGCUACCCCGGGCCACAGCCUCCACAGCCUCAGCUGGUGCCAGCCCCCGUGCCAAUGGGCUGGUCCUAGAGAGAAGCAACACCCAGCUUGGGGGGAGUACAGGUGCCCCCCAUUCAGCCAGCAGCACGUCCCUGCACUCGGACCGCUCCCUGAGCAGCUCAGCCUUGGCAGGGCCCCGGCCGGACGGGCUCCAUCAGCGUUCCUGCUCUGUAUCUAGCGCUGACCAGUGGAGUGAAGCGACUGCCCUGCCCCCGGGCAUUCAGCACCCUGCCAGUGGCCCAUCUGACGUGCUCAGCUCCAGCCCUAAGCUGGAGCCCCCUCCAUCGCCCCACGCCAACCGUAAGAAGCACCGUCGGAAAAAAAGUACGGGAACCCCCCGACCGGACGGCCCCACUAGCAUGGCUGAAGAUGCAGAAGAGUCUUUUGAGUUCAUGGUCGUGUCGCUCACGGGGCAGACGUGGCAUUUUGAGGCCUCCACGGCAGAAGAGCGGGAGCUGUGGGUACAGAGUGUCCAGGCUCAGAUCCUCGCCAGCCUGCAGGGUUGUCGGAGUGCCAAGGAUAAGACGCGCCUGGGCAGUCAGAACUCGGCACUGGCCGUGCAGGCCGUCCGCACCGCCCGAGGCAACAGCUUCUGUAUCGACUGCGACUCUCCCAACCCGGACUGGGCCAGCCUGAACCUGGGUGCCCUCAUGUGCAUUGAAUGCUCGGGGAUCCACCGGCACCUGGGGGCCCACCUGUCUCGAGUGCGGUCCCUGGAUCUGGACGACUGGCCCCCUGAGCUGCUGGCUGUGAUGACCGCCAUGGGCAACGCUUUGGCCAACAGCGUGUGGGAGGGGGCCCUGGAUGGCUACGCCAAGCCGGGGCCCGAGGCCUGCAGGGAGGAGAAGGAGCACUGGAUCAGGGCCAAGUACGAGCAGAAGCUGUUCCUGGCGCCCCUGCCCAGCUCUGACGUGCCCCUGGGCCAGCAGCUGCUCCGGGCCGUGGUGGAGGACGACCUGCGGCUCCUGGUGAUGCUCUUGGCCCACGGCUCCAAGGAGGAGGUGAACGAGACCUACGGGGACGGGGAUGGCCGCACCGCCCUGCACCUGUCCAGCGCCAUGGCCAACGUCGUCUUCACCCAGCUGCUCAUCUGGUACGGGGUGGAUGUGAGGAGCCGGGACGCCCGGGGCUUGACUCCGCUGGCCUACGCCCGCCGAGCCGGCAGCCAGGAGUGUGUGGAUAUCCUGCUGCAGCAUGGCUGCCCCGGGGAGGGCAGCCUGACCCCCACCCCUGCCAAUGGUUCUAGCACCUCCGCCGAGCUGCACCGGAGCCCUAGCCUCCUGUGAGGCCCGGGGAGGAUCGGGGUCCGAGGAGACCCCAGCAUCUGGGGCUCACCUCCCUCCCCCUGCAGGAAAGGGGGAGAGAGACAUAGGCAAGGGGGGACACAGGGGGAGAAAGAGGGGGUGGAGAGGAGAAGAAGAGGACAAGGAAGGGAGGAAUUGCAGCUGACGCCCAGCCCAGGGCCCCGUGGGUGCCAUUGAAAAGGGACGGGCCCUUUGGAGGCACCUAAAGGGAGGGGAGAGCAGGCCCUCUCCCCUUCCCUGCCUCCUGCCCUUCGCCUUCACCCCGAGGCUUCAUUCAAGGACUGUUCACAAAGCCAUGGCCGGACUAGCCUGGAGAUGAGGUGUGGAGAGUGUGGGGCACUGGAUGAAGAGCCUGAGGAGAGGGGCGAGGGCAUCCGUGAGCCCCGUGUAAAAUCUGUACAUUGGAAUAUUUAUGUGUGUGUACAUAUGUGUGUGUGACGAGCCAAUAAACCAGACUGUGUGUG